AUGGAUAAACCGCGUCAUCCCAUAAAGAAAAUAUGCCAAAUUCCAGAAAUACAAAAUGAUCGCUUACGUGCAACAGGCGGUCAAUACAGGACAAAGACUUUUCUACUAGUAUUACGCAUCAUACCGUUUGACAAAAAUAGAUGCAUUAUUGAAGCUACUGAUUUCACUUCCAAUCAUCAAAUAAGUGAGGAGAUCGGCGAAGAUGAAAAAGAAUACAAGUAUUUGAGACUCGAUGAAAAUAAGGUGCUACGAGCAGUGGCCUUUAACGACAAGGUUCAAAGUCUAAACAGUGCAUACAAAGAGGCAUUCCCCCCGCAUACUUUGAGCAUACCUGAUGUAGAUGAUGAUAGAGAUUCACUGGUAGUACUUGAUGAUAGAUUAUUGAUCUUGGGUAUGACGCUCAAGUGGAGAACGUUUCGAGGCAUCUUUGAGCCGUACGUUUAUGACCCAGACAUUGUUGAGUGGGAAUAUCUUACAGAAUAUGAGAAACCGGUUGUAUCAGACUUGUACAAAAAGAUUUUGAAAAAGAGGCAAUAUAUUAAAGCACUUAACGGAUUGGAAAAGGUGAUAAUUCCCCAGCAGUUUAUAAAUAAUAUGCUUCAAGAUGACGACGAUGACGUUUCUCAAAUGACACUGUUUGACGAGGAACUGGAUGAAGAAGCUGUGGUGGAAUUGGUACAUGAAUCUCAAACACGUCAAGAUGACGCCAUUGCGUCCGAUAUAAAUAAUGCUGCUGAAAGUUCUGGGAGGGCAGUCUAUUCUAUAGAACGGGACUUGUCUCAAGAAAAACGUGGUAACGAUAACAACAGUGAAUUGGCGCGAGGUUUUGAUAAAUUCACUGAGGUACUCAACUCUAAUAAUGGAGGAAGUACCAAGAAUGAACAGAUAUCACUGGAUUUUGGACAUAAAAGGGCCAUAUCCGGGCUUGGAUACGAAGAAGCUGCCAAAAGAUCGAGACAAGACCCUUCUUCGCCAGAUGAGAAUGACUUUUGUGAUCCGCAACCGCAAACUUCGAGUGUCAAGAAAGCAAAAGAUUCUCAACGUGCUGAACUCGAUAACGAUGAAGAGUUUACAACUAUCAGUAAGUUGAUCAAAUUGAACAAUACCGUGGAUAACAAAGUGUACGCUGUUAUAUGUGAGGUUUUACAUGCGACUCCGACAGACAAGGAGUUGCUUUCUUACAAAUCAUGUGAAGUUAAUCCACUUACGGGAGAAAUGGAAUUGAGUCAUACUCGACUACAAGGAAUUGAAUUCAUUGUAACUGAUGUUGCCAAACCGAAAAACUAUGAAUUGCAGGAAGGUGAGUACUUGUCUAUUUACCUUGAUGGUGAACAAGUAUUGGCUUUGAGUCAAUCAAGUGGCGCGACUAAGAGGCUACUCAAUUUUGCUUGGGAUAAUGCUCGUGAUGAUACCAUUAUAACUUUAAACUUGCGCAAAGUGCAAAGAGAAGCUCUUGUAUGGACUAUUCAGUGA